AGUUAACCCGCAGCAGGGUUCUGAAGAGCCGGGCAGAGGAUUCACAAGGUUCCCGGCAGGCACUGUGGCUUAAAGGGAAUGAUACGCGGUUUUGAGUGAGCAGCUGCAGCAGCGGGUUUGGAUUUGGAAACACGUUGAGGAAUCAGCCUGGCAACCUGCAAGGGACAGGGAACAAGAUUCUGAAUAACCAUUUGUUCUCCCAGGAGGAGAACACUGUUCUGAUUCAAAGAAUCAGGAGAAAUGGCAAAGCGCACCUUUUCUACCUUGGAGACAUUCCUCAUUUUCCUUCUGGUAGUAAUGACAGUCAUCACAGUGGCCCUUCUUACCCUCUUGUUCGUCACCAGUGGGACCAUCGAAAAUCAAAAAGGAAAUCAUGGGUUUUCAACCACCCUGGGCCCCACAGCCACCCAGUCUUCUCCAAUUACACAGGCUCCAGACCCUCCUCCAUUUCAGAACUUCAGUGGUUAUUACAUCGGUGCUGGGCGAGCUGAUUGCACAGGACAAGUAUCAGAUAUCAAUUUGAUGGGCUAUGGCAAAAGUGGCCAGAACGCACGGGGUCUCCUCACCAGGCUCUACAGCCGAGCUUUCAUCCUCGCAGACACAGACGGGUCAAAUCGGAUGGCAUUUGUGACUGUGGAACUGUGCAUGAUCUCUCAGCGACUCAGAUUGGAGGUCCUGAAGCGACUCCGGAGUAAAUAUGGCUCCCUGUAUCGAAGAGACAACGUCAUCCUGAGUGGCACGCACACACACUCAGGUCCGUCAGGAUUUUUCCAAUAUACAUUCUUUGUACUUGCCAGCGAAGGAUUCAGCAAUCGAACCUUUCAAUACGUAGUUAAUGGGAUCAUGCAGAGCAUUGAGAUAGCACACAAAAAUCUCAAACCAGGAAAAAUCUUUGUCAACAGAGGAAAUGUUGAGAACGUGCAGAUCAACCGAAGCCCCUCUUCCUACCUCCAUAACCCACCGUCAGAGAGAGCAAGGUAUUCUUCAAACACAGACAAGGAAAUGGUAGUCUUGAAACUGGUGGAUUUGAAAGGAGAAGACUUGGGCCUUAUCAGCUGGUUUGCCAUCCACCCCGUGAGCAUGAACAACAGCAACCACCUUGUCAACAGUGAUAAUAUGGGCUACGCAGCUUACCUUUUUGAGCAAGAGAUGAACAAAGGAUAUCUACCUGGACAGGGACCAUUCAUAGCAGGCUUUGCUUCCUCAAACCUCGGAGACGUGUCACCCAACAUUCUUGGCCCGCAUUGCCUCAACACAGGAGAGUCUUGUGACAACGAGAAAAGCACCUGUCCCACCGGUGGGCCUAGCAUGUGCACGGCCAGCGGACCGGGACAAGAUAUCUUUGACAGCACACAAAUUAUAGGACGGGUCAUCUAUCAGAGAGCCAAGGAGCUGCAUGCCUCUGCCUCCCAGGAAGUGACUGGACCAGUGCUCGCAGCUCACCAGUGGGUGAACAUGACAGACGUGAGCGUCCUGCUCAAUGACACAUACGCAGUGAAGACGUGUAAGCCUGCCCUGGGCUACAGUUUUGCAGCAGGCACCAUUGAUGGAGUUUCGGGCCUCAACAUUACACAGGGAACAACAGAAGGGGAUACAUUUUGGGACACUCUUCGGGAUCAACUCUUGGGAAGACCAUCUGAAGAAAUCAUAGAAUGCCAGAAACCUAAACCAAUCCUACUUCACACUGGAGAGCUGACGAAACCACAGCCUUGGCACCCGGAUAUCGUUGAUGUUCAGAUUGUUACUAUUGGGUCGCUGGCCAUAGCUGCUGUCCCUGGGGAAUUUACAACCAUGUCGGGACGAAGAUUUCGAGAGGCAGUUAAAAAAGAAUUUGCAUCUUAUGGGAUGAAGGAUAUGACCAUUAUUAUUUCAGGUCUAAGCAAUGUUUAUACACAUUACAUUACCACAUAUGAGGAAUACCAGGCUCAGCGGUAUGAAGCAGCAUCUACAAUCUAUGGCCCACACACUCUGUCUGCGUACAUACAGUUCUUCAGAGACCUUGCUAAGGCGAUUGCUACGGACACAGUAGCCAACAUGAGCAGUGGUCCUGAGCCUUCACUCUUCAAAAACCUGAUCCCUCCACUUAUUCCUAAUGUUGUGGAUAGAUCACCAAUAGGCAGGCAUUUUGGGGAUGUCCUGGAGCCAGCAAAACCUGAAUACAAACUGGGAGAAGUGGUUGAAGUUGUAUUUGUGGGAGCUAACCCAAAGAAUUCAGCAGAAAACCAGACCCAUCAAACCUUCCUCACUGUGGAGAAAUAUGAGGACUCGAUAGCCGACUGGCAGAUAAUAUGUAAUGAUGCCUCCUGGGAGACGAGGUUUUAUUGGCACAAGGGAAUGCUGGGUCUGAGCAACGCAACAAUACAUUGGCAUAUUCCACAUACUGCCCAACCUGGAAUCUACAGAAUAAGAUAUUUUGGACACAAUCGGAAGCAAGAGUUUCUGAAGCCUGCUGUCAUACUAGCAUUUGAAGGCAUUUCUUCUCCUUUUGAAGUUGUAACUACUUAGUGAAAAGUUGACAGAUACUGAAAAAAAUACAGCUUUUUUUUCUGUGUACAUUAUAGAGUGAUUUCACACAAAUGUGAACUACCAGUUUGAUAUUUUGUAAUUGUCCCUGUUUGGGAAACAGAUACUUUAUUUGCUAAUGGGACAAGUAUGUGUUUGUGUGUUUGUGUGAUUAUGUACAUGCGUUCUGACAGGAGAGAGAAAGAGAAUAUGAGAGAAGGUCCUCUGAAAAUCGUACUACUGUGGUCUUCAUCCUAAAGCAUGAUUUUCCUUGAAGCUUUGUGGUUGUUCAAGAGGUAAUUCCCAUUAAUAUGAAAUCUCUGAAAUAUAGUGAUAGUAUCUGAAGAUAUGUGAAUGAUGUUUAUCCUAUUUAUUUAUAGACUUACUGAAUGAGAACACUAGAGAACUUUCUAGAAGUCCUCUGGAUUGAUACUUGAUUUUACAGAGAGGAAAAAUGAGGUUUAGUUCACUUUAGGUUAGAAUAAGGUUAUUAUAUAUUUUCCCCUAGUUACAUUUACAAAGUACCAUGUAACUUUACUACACAUAUAUGAGCCCAACUAAAACAUACCCAGACAAACUAGCAUGCCAGUUUUCCUGCACUGCAAUGAGCAUAGCCCUUCCAAUCAGUCACUUUGGAAUGGGUCUGCCUGGCUCAGGGUUAUUGUUCAUGCUCAGAUUAUUUCUGGAGUUGCCUCCAGAAUCCAACUAUGUGAAUGUUACUUGCAGUGCUUUGAUUAGCCUUGUAUUCCUUGAAGUGUCCUUAUCCUGCCUAAGUCUCUUCUUCCCAACAUUUCUUCUAAAUGAUUUUUAAAUGUUUUCACCAAGCAAAUGUACCUCAUACUACAGAGCUUUGCCUUGAAUGUAGAUUUAAAAACAAAAGUGUUAAGGCUGGAAAUGCAGUCAUCAAAGGGAACGUUUUAAAUGCAUCUGUUUCUUCUUUUUCCAGCUACUUACUCACUCAGGGUUCCUUUGAAUCAUUAAAUAGUUAUUUAAAUUCAUAUACACAAUGUUGUACUCAUUCCUGGGUCUUCACAGUUACUGACAUCAUAUUGAGAUGAUUGAUAGGGUAGACGACUCAUUUGAAAGAGAAAAUAUUCAACCAGAAAUAUAAAUUAUGGGGAGACCUUUGAAAACCACAAAAUUUCAAGUCUCUAUUAUACAUCUUCUGGCUGGGUAUUCUGAUUUGUGAGAAAAGAGGCCCCAGACGAUUUUUAAAUAUUAAUCUGAAAGUCAUGCUUUAGAAGUUAUAAUAUAGACAGUCUAAUGAAUGAGAUAGGACAAUCUAACAUGAAUUGUUUAAAGUACUAGUAGCAUUUUAAAAUUACCCAAGUCAACUAGCAAGGUCAAUUUCUUAACCCUAAAUCAUAUUUUUGUAGGUAUGUAAAAGAGUAAGCAUUUUGGGAGAAAAAUCAAUCUUCAUUUCUGAAAACAAUAGCGGUGAGGUAAACCUGCAUCCCCCCCACCCAUGGCUUACCUACAUAAACAUGUUAGAUUGAAUAAAAAAAAUGCCUGGAGUGUGUUUUGGUGAGUGUUUCCCAGAUCAUACUUCUGUGGAGGUUAACUGCAGAAGAAUGAACUCGCCGGGUUGUCAACAUCUCUCUUGAUGAGAACAACCCACUAAGUAUAAAGGUUCAAGGACCUACAUGUUUUGAAAACAAAACAAACAAACAAACAAAACAAGAUAGUAGAACCAAUGAGGAGGUAUAAAAUGUAUUCCUCACAACGCAGAACAAUACUAGGAUUUAUUUUCUGCUACCGUUCUCCCAGUGAAACUUUUCAGAAAGUCUGCCUGGGAGUCCCUCUUUGUCAUUGGCAACUGUGCUGCGGUGGCUGGUGUAUAACCAGCAGUUUGUGUGCCCAGCCCUGCAUGGAAACAAAUCAGAGAAACAGUUUCCCACUAGACUUGAUCUCUUCUAGCCCCUGUGCUUCUGGAUUUUGCAGUCUGUAAAAUAAACAACCAGGUCCCUGCAUUAUCAAACCAUCGUUACUUACCUGGGCAUAAAGGAAUGCCACUUGGUAACUGAUCUAGUCGGUUCAUUUAAAGUUACAGAUCUGGUGAGUGUCCCUUUCUGGAAAUUGCUUCAUGGAGCCAAAUGCAUGGAGGAACCUCCGGAGAAGGGUAGAGAGUGUGGAAAGUGGUUGGCUGGUUUGGUGAGAGUUUCUCAUAUCCAACUGUCUGUGCUUUACUUGUUAUGCCUUGCCUGCUCUGAUUUCAAGGAUUCCGUGAUUCCUUCAGAAAGUAUACAGUAAUUCCUUUUCCAGGCCUAUGUUUUAUGUUUUUUGAUGAAUGUUCUGUAAAAACAUCAGUGUUCAAGAGAAUAUUGAAUAAAAACUUGUGAGUUAUUCUAGGACAAAAUGUUUGGGGAAAGUGGUUUGCACGGAGAGGUAAGGCGAUCUCCCUGAAGAAGAGAUGUCAGAAGGCAUUGUUCCAUGUUAUUCGAGGUGGGGACAGGUAGUACAAAUAACUUCUGCAGACAGAUAGGCAGCCUCUCAGACCAAAUGCAUCCACUCUCCGUCCCUUCUGACCUCUGGAGGCCCGAUGCUGGCAAAGUGUGUAUAACAGGCAAUUUGUGAGCUUCUUGGAUGACUGAGAGGUUCCCUGGGCAGGGAGCUAAUUAUAAGGUUAUGAGCUGAUUCUGAAUAGCAAGACCAAGAAUAAAUUGACCGGUGGAGAUCCUCUUCCAACCUGCUGUCUUAUGUUUCUCUUCCAGCAUAAGCAAGACCAUUGCCUUUCUCUGGUAUUAAAUUGUGGAUUUUAUUCUUAAAUUAAAAAUCACCAUUGUUGGAUGAUUUAUUCAUAA